GACGAUGAGUCAAGACUGGAGGGGACACCCAGACUUUGGCGGACGGGACGACGGCGGUAGGUCCGAGGUCGAGUAAGCGGCGCCCGAGGCGGCUCGGAGAUGCAGGCGGCAAGGAUGGCCCCGGCCCUGGGGCGGCAGCUCCGGAGGUUGGGGGUCGGAAGCUCGCGGACAAGUGCGCUCCUGGGGCACCCGCCGCCCGACCCGGCCCGCCGACCCUACGCCAGUGGGGCCGCUCAGGCGGUUCUGGAGAAGUCAAAUUCCCUCCCCCCCGAGGCUUCAGCCAGGGAGGCGGCGGCCAAGGCGGAAUCGAAGUCUUUCGCUGUGGGGAUGUUCAAAGGCCAGCUCACCACCGACCAGGUCUUCCCUUACCCAUCUGUGCUCAACGAGGAGCAGACACAGUUUCUUAAAGAGCUGGUGGGGCCUGUGUCCCGUUUCUUCGAGGAGGUGAACGAUGCUGCCAAGAAUGACAUGUUGGAGAAGGUGGAGGAGACCACCAUGCAGGGCCUCAAGGAGCUGGGGGCCUUCGGUCUGCAGGUGCCCAGUGAACUGGGUGGUGUGGGCCUCUGCAACACCCAGUACGCCCGCCUGGUGGAGAUCGUCGGCACGCAUGACCUUGGCGUGGGGAUCACCCUGGGGGCCCACCAGAGCAUUGGCUUCAAAGGCAUCCUGCUCUUUGGCACAAAGGCCCAGAAAGAAAAAUACCUCCCCAAACUGGCAUCUGGGGAAACCAUAGCUGCUUUCUGUCUAACCGAGCCCUCCAGUGGGUCCGAUGCAGCCUCCAUCCGAACUUCUGCUGUGCCCAGCCCCUGUGGAAAAUAUUAUACUCUCAAUGGAAGCAAGAUCUGGAUCAGUAACGGGGGCCUGGCAGAUGUCUUCACCGUCUUUGCCAAGACACCAAUUACAGACGCAGCCACAGGGGCCGCGAAGGAGAAGAUCACAGCUUUCGUGGUGGAGCGGAGCUUUGGAGGGGUCACCCACGGGCCCCCCGAGAAGAAGAUGGGCAUCAAGGCCUCGAACACGGCAGAGGUGUACUUUGACGGAGUACGGGUGCCGUCAGAGAACGUGCUGGGCGAGGUGGGGGGCGGCUUCAAGGUGGCCAUGCACAUCCUCAACAAUGGAAGGUUCGGCAUGGCUGCGGCCCUCGCGGGCACCAUGAGGGGCAUCAUUGCUAAGGCGGUGGACCAUGCUGCCAAUCGUACCCAGUUUGGGGAGAAAAUUCACAACUUUGGGCUGAUCCAGGAGAAGCUGGCCCGGAUGGCUAUGCUGCAGUACGUGACCGAGUCCAUGGCUUACAUGGUGAGUGCCAACAUGGACCAGGGAGCCACGGACUUUCAGAUCGAGGCCGCCAUCAGUAAAAUCUUUGGCUCGGAGGCGGCCUGGAAGGUGACGGAUGAGUGCAUCCAGAUCAUGGGCGGCAUGGGUUUCAUGAAGGAGCCUGGAGUAGAACGCGUUCUCCGAGAUCUUCGCAUUUUCCGGAUCUUCGAGGGGACAAACGACAUUCUCCGGCUGUUUGUGGCUCUGCAGGGCUGUAUGGACAAAGGAAAGGAACUUUCUGGACUUGGCAAUGCUCUAAAGAAUCCCUUUGGGAAUGCCGGUCUCCUGCUAGGAGAGGCAGGCAAGCAGCUGAGGAGGCGGGCAGGGCUGGGCAGUGGCCUGAGUCUCAGUGGCGUCAUCCACCAGGAACUGAAUCGGAGCGGAGAGCUGAUGGUGAAGGCUCUGGAGCAGUUUGCCAGCGUGGUGGAGGCCAAGCUGAUAAAACACAAGAAGGGGAUCGUCAGUGAGUGAGCCCCCCUCCGCCCUGUCCCCACCCUCUCCUGCUCCUCCCCCCGCUGCCCCACCCCCAGCAUUCACCAACCGGCCCCC